AAAUUAGGGGGGAAAAAAUGAGUUUCUUCUCUGGUUUCUUUUCCAUUUUUCAAUAAAGAGCAUCUAUUAUUUUGUUAUGCUUCUUUUUUAUAUUAAUGUUCCAGGAUCAUUAUCGAAUCUAAUACUUUUAAAAUACUUCCGAGCGAAGUUUGCGGGAAAAAAUAAUAAAUGUAAUAAAAGUUUGUUUUUGAAAACUUGGAAACACCGUAAACACUUUGUCUGCUAUUAUGAUUUAAAUUUCCUUAAUUUCGGAAUCUUACAUUAUCUGAUAAAUGGAGAUUAUUUCAGACAUUAAACGUGUAAUUUUUAAAUUUUUAUUGAUAAUUUUUGCAUGCUGUAUUGUUUUAUGGUUUUCUAUUUUCAGUUACAUUUUCUUGUAUUAUUUGUAUAUUCCUGCAGUGGCUCAUGUAAAACCUAUUCAUCUGAAAUAUGACACUUCAUGUCUUAAAGGAAGUAUAUGUUCUUUUCCUUAUGACAAUUUGACUCUUGUUGAACCUGGUCACUAUGAGCUUUUGUCUGGAGGCCAGGCAUAUUCUAUUGAAAUAGAUCUGCACAUGCCAGAAUCUGAACGAAAUCUAAAUCAAGGCAUGUUUAUGAUCCGACUUGACAUGGUUUCGAAGCAGGGUGAUAUUUUGCAAUCAUCUAGGAGACCCGCAAUAUUGCAUUACAGAUCACCCCUUUUCAAAACAAUCUACACUUUAUUUUUUGUUCCUGCACUUCUAGCUGGAAGUCUUGAAGAGAAACAGUCUUUUUCAGUUGCACUUUUUGAGAAAUAUGUGGAAAAUUGUAAUAAUCCUACACACUAUGCAUAUGUAGCAAUUGAAGCUGAAACAGCUGAAAUAUAUUCAUGCUCACUGAAAAUUCAUGCACAGUUCACUGGUUUAAGGUACAUGAUGUAUUAUUGGCCGUACCUUUCAGCUACUGUUGGCAUCGGAACAAAUUUUGUCUUGAUAUCUAUUAUCAUUGUGUUCAUUUAUGUACGACAAAUCAUGAAUGAACCCCAAUAUGUUAAUCUUGAACAACUUAGUGAAAGAGAGCAAGACUUAGUGCAUGAAAUCCGGCAAUCUGUGCAGAAAGAUCAAGCUGCAAAGGCUUCAAAAAUGCAAGUCCAAGCACGGGGCCCUGGAAUUACUAGAAAAAGAGAUGUAUCUCCAAGUGAUCAGCAGGAUAGUGAAGAAAUUGAAAAUUUAUCAUCACGUCCAGGUACUUCAAGUAAAAUAUCUAAACAAGAGGAGGAAGUUGGUGAAAGUGGUACACUGCAAGAUCUUUCUUCCAAAAGAACUGAAGAUUGCUCCUCUGGUGAAAGUGAAUUUUCAGUUUGCUCUCAAGAAGAACAAUUCCCGGAAGAAAUCGACAAUAUUAUUAAUUUUGGGCAAAAUCUUGGGUCAUCUGGUGAAACAAGCCCUGUUUUAAGAAGAAGAAUGGCGACUGAGUCUGAAAUAUAAAUUUUAAGAUUAAAAUUAGUUGUAUAUGUUUAGUUAGUGAUAAUUUUCCAAUGUUUAUUGUUGAAAGAUUUAUAAAAAAUGCCUGUUCGAAAUUGUUACAUUUCGAUUGUGAUAAAACAAAUAAUGCAUUUGUUGGAUAAAAUUGUAUAUAUUAUGUGACAUAAUUGCACUUUUUAAAAAUAUUUAUUUUUAUAUAUAUUUAAGAAUAGUAUAUUUAUAUAAAUAUAUACAAUUCACUUGUUUUUAAUGUCUAAAAUAUUUUAUAAGGAUGUUAAUUUGCUACCUCUGUUCUUGCAUGUUAUACCUUUCCCUUUAUUUUAUAAUUUUGGUUUUAUAGUUUAAAGAUAUUACAAAGCUUUUGUAUAUAGUUAUUUUUUGUUGCUUGCAGCAUGGUGAGAUGGUUAUAUAUAAAAUCUGAUUGUUGAUUGAAAUCAGAUUGUUUCCUAAUAUCCAAUCCUUGUCUUAAAAUACAAAUGAGCCCAAAUUGAGAUUGAAGAUGCCAUUAUAAUCAAAUAUAAACAAUGCAAAUAAUUAUAAUAUACCAAUAUAUAAAUUUAAAACUACAUCAGUGAUUUAGGAAAAUAGUUUUAUUUGCUUACAGUUUAAUUUUUAAAGCAACUUCUAAAAAUAUGAUGCAAGUAAUCUCUCCCAGAAGUUUUCUUGAAUCUGAGAAUUCCAGUAUUGGAAUUAAAAAUUAUUCAGUAUCAUUUUAAUUGCAUGACUAUUUUUUAUUGAAAAAAAUUCGAAACUUAGUAUAUUAUUUUAUUAAAUUAACCAUUGUUUAAAAAUAAUUGGGAUACUCUUAUUUAAAGAGUUUGAAAUAUUAUUUUUUUAAAUGAAAGAUAACUUCCUCAUUUAUGGCAGAAAAACUUUUUAUUGGGUCAACAUAUUGAAAUAUGGAUAAUGAUGAUAGUGUUAUUCCUUUCUGAAGUUUGAAGCAUUUUGAAUGAUUUAUUUCAAAAAGUUAUAGCAUAAUAGUAAAAUAUAGUCUACUAAAUAUUCAUCAUUAAAGAUUGCAGUAAUUCAUAAUAAUUCAUAAGCAAAAUUUAUUAAACAGUUUACUUUGCAAUUUCUGUUUCUUGUAAUUAUUUUUCAUUUUUUUUAUCUAUUUAUUCAAAUUAUAAGACAGAUUAAUAAUUUUUGAGAAAAAUAGAAUUGUGGAUUUCCACACUGUUUUUGUCUUAAAAUGGAACUUAAAAAUUGACAUAUAUGUAAAGCAUUCUUUGAAGAAAUAGUUGUGGAGAGUUUUAACACUUUUCAUUCUUCAUGAUUUAACAGAUAGUCCAAUUUUACAUGUUAUCAGAACUUCUGUAUAAAAGCCAUGGCAAGCAAAUUAAGAAAACAGAAAGAGCGAGCGUGAAAAACUAUUUUGAACUUAUAUUGUUUUAGAAAGGAAUUUGCUGUUAUAGCAUUUUGAUUCUGUGGAAAAUUUUAAUCUACGCAAAUCAGCAUUUAAAGCUAUAGUAAAGCCGGAAUUUAGAAAAUAAAUUAGGAAUUUAUUUUUAUAUUCAGACCAAGGUAUCCAUUCUGAUUAAAGCCAAUAACUAAUUUCUAAAGCAUUAGAGAUGGGCAUAUAUUUACAGUUAAAAAAGUGCUCUAAAUAAAGUAAAAAACAAUAUUUUAUGUUGAUAAAAUCAAUGAAUGUGUGAUUGAAAAAAUUACAGCUAAUUUUUUAUUAUUAUUAUUAUUAUCUUCGGCUCCUAUUAGUCAUAUUUAGUGGAAUACCUUAGGUACAUUAACAUUUAAAUAUAAAAAAUCCACAUUUCUACAACUAAACUGGUUAAAGUAUAUUCUAUUUUAGACCAUUUUAAUUGCAGCCUUCAGGAAAAUCUACUAAUUAAUGAAUUACAUUUCUUUAAGAUGUUCACUGGUUAAAAUGGAAUAAUGAAAUUCAAAGCUUAAGGAUUCAAUCUAUUUUGAUUUCAGAGGUCUGAUAUCUUUUUUGUUUGUUUGUUUAAAAUAUUAGUAUAUUAGGAAUAUUUUAUGCAGUAUGACUUAUAUUAUUGGAGAAUUACAUAACAAUUUAGAUAUUGUAACUUUUAUUCAACAGUACUUUUAUUGAUUUAAGGAGCAUAAAAUAUGAUUCUUUACAUCCUUAGAACAUUUUUCCAACUGGAAUUAUAUGUUUAUCUCUAAUAAUUUAGAAACUAGUUAUUCAGUCAUGAUUAGAGAAGAAACCUGCAGAUUAGUUUAAAAAAGUGUUUGGUCUAUUGAUUUCUGCUCUCUUAGCAUUACAAAAGCAUUUUGUUCUGUGAAGUAAUGUUCUCUUUCCAUUUUUUUUUUUUUUGUUUUUUUUUUUUUUUUUUGAUAAUGUUGAAAUUUAAAAAUUGUAAAAUAUCUUAUAUUUAAUAUUUUUAUUUCUUUUAAUUUGUUAUAAUAAUCAGUUGAAAUAUUGUGCAAAAUUGACAUUGUAGCAUUUUACAAUGCACUUAUAACUUAUAUGUCAUACUUUGGAAUAUAUUGUAAAAACUUUAAAUCAACCCUAAGUAUUCUUAAAUGCCAAAGAUUUUUUUAUGAAA